AUGGAAGAAUCGUUUGCGUACCAGCGAAGCAAGGAUCUUACUUGCGGCAUCUGUCUCGAUGUCAUCAUGGACAAGGAUUCACGAAAAGAUCGUCGAUUUGGCAUUCUUGAAAACUGCCUUCACGUGUACUGCAUCGAGUGUAUUCGCACUUGGCGUAAUUCUAACUUUGACAAGAAGAACAAGCGAGGAUGUCCGCAGUGUCGCAUCAAAUCGCACUUUAUUAUUCCCAGCGAGUACUUUUACGACGAAAAGGAGGACAAAGUAAAGCUAAUCAAUGAGUACAAGGACGCCCUGAGCAAACAACACUGCAAGUACUUCAAGCAAGGACAAGGAAAGUGCCCUUUUGAGGGAGCCUGCUUCUACAAGCACGAGUACCCGGAUGGACGCAAGGCAGAACUUCCAAUGCCCUCGGAGCGCCGUCGUAUCAAAGGCGGCAGUGGCCAAAUUGAGGAGUAUGCAGCCCUCUUGUCUCUCUUCAUGGACAUGGACAACCUAACGCAAAUUCUUUCCGACGGCGACUUUGACAUCAUGGAUUAUGAGGAUAUCCUCUUUGAAGAUUCUGAUUAA